UUUGAAGAGGUGGUGGUAGGUUUCACCCAGGAGGAAUGGGAGCUGCUGGAUUCUGACCAAAGGGCCCUCCACAGGGAAGUCAUGGAAGAGAACUGGAGGAUCGUGGCCUCUCCUUCCAUGCCUGAUAUUACCUGCACUGACGAUGAAAAAAAUCACAUUUCUGAGCCACAGCAAGACCACAAGUCAUCCGACCGCUUGGGAAAUGUUAAGAGAGAGCCGGGAUAUUCUGAUAACAAGAGGAAAGCAGAUGUGUGUGCCAAUUGUGGGGAUUUUUUUACACAAGAAUGCAAAUUUCUGAGACACCAGAAAACUUAUGGAGAAGAGGAAAAGACCUAUGGAUGCCCUCUGUGUGAGAAAUGUUCUGCCUUAGUGAUGGUGUCUAGGCCUUAUGAGAUUCCAUGCAUUGAAGAGGAACACCUUAGAAUUGAAGCCUCUGGAAAAUACCUUGAUUACGAUUUGCAGCUUGAGAGUCAGCAGGAAUCCCGCCCAGAAGGGAACACAUAUGAAUGUCCGGAUCAACUUUUUAUGUGGGAUUUAAAGCUUAUGACCCACGCAAGAUAUCACACAGGAGAGAAACCUUGCAUAUGCCAAGAGUGUGGAAAAUGUUUUUUACACAGGUCAGAUCUUGUGAAGCAUCAGCGAGUCCACACAGGAGAGAAACCAUACAAAUGUCAAGAGUGUGGGAAAUAUUUUUCCCAGAAUUCAGACCUUACAAGACAUCAGACUGUGCACACAGGAGAGAAACCAUUCAAAUGUCAGGAUUGUGGGAAAUGUUUUGCCAGGAAUUCAACACUUCUGAUACAUCAGACAAUACACACAGGAGAGAAACCGUUCAAAUGCCAGGAAUGUGGGAAAUCCUUUGUCAGGAAUUCGAUCCUUCUGAUCCACCAGAGAGUUCACACUGGAGAGAAACCAUGCAAAUGCCAGGAGUGUGGAAAGUGUUUUGCUCGCAAUUCAAAUCUUCUGAAGCAUCAGAAAGUUCACUCAGGAUUGAAACCAUACAUAUGCCAGGAGUGUGGCAAAUGUUUUGCUCAAAAGCCAGACCUUAGGAGGCAUCAGAGAGUUCACUCAGGAGAGAAACCAUACAAGUGCCAGGAGUGUGGAAAAUAUUUUGCCUGGAAUUCAACUCUUAUGAUUCACCAGAGAGUCCAUACUGGAGAGAAACCGUACAAGUGCCAGGAGUGUGGGAGAUGUUUUGCUUGGAAUUCAGACUUUGUGACUCAUCAGAGAAUCCACACAGGAGAGAAGCCAUACAAAUGUCAGGAGUGUGGGAAAUGUUUUACUCACAACUCAAACCUUUUGAAACACCUGAAACUCCAUUCAGGGGAGAAACCAUACAAAUGCCCUUCAGCUGUUUCAUCCAUGCUGCCUGGGGAGAUUGUGGAGGUUGUAGUCUAAACAAAAGCAGUCUGCCCCUAUUCAAGGUUUUGGAUCUGGAUGAGUGAGAACAGAGAAUGACACCUGUUCCAGGGAAAGGUGGCACAGAUACGCUUCUAAUUAUUCUGGUCCAGCCAUGUUAGUAUUUUGCAGAAAAAAUAAUGACAGCACCUUAAUUACUAACCUGUUUGUUUAUGACAUACACAUUCAUUCAUUCAUACAUACAUACAUACACCUUUUAUUGCUUUAUAGCCGAUCAGGCUGUAUGCAAGAGAAAUUAAAACCAUCCUAAAAAUUGUAUCUAAAAUCUAAUGUAAACAAGCAUAAAAAGCAUAAAAUAUAAUAGUAAUAACGAAACAAACAUUCUCAAAAAAUUGAUAAGAUGUGAAUUUACCUUGUAAAACUGGCAAUAAGUUCCAUCUUUCUGUGGCUGCUUUAAUGAAUUUAGCAGUCCUGUAGGAUAUACAGUAGUCUGUGCCAGCUAGCAGGAAUAAAGCUAUACAGUGGACCCUUGACUUAUGGAAUUAAUCCGUAUUGGAACGGUGCCUGAAGGUCGAAAAGUCUGAGGUCGAGGCUCCAUUGGCCUACAAUGCAUUGAAAA